AUGAAUAUGGAUUUUGGCAACCAAAGAGUCGCUAGGAAGCGUGAGGUCCGAACCCGAGCUCCGACAGCCUGUCAGACCUGUCGGCUGCGCAAAACUCGAUGUGACAAUACCAGGCCGAUCUGUAGCUACUGCGCCGUGCAGGGGGUGGAGUGCAACUAUCCCGAAACCUCACCACAGAAUAACCAACUCGGGUUUGACCCUGUUAACCCGUCAAACCAAGAGGUACUCCAACGAUUGAAUCAUAUCGCCGGUUUGCUAGAGGAUAUCAAAACUUCCGAAGGCUCCACAUCCUCCAGUCGAUCACUCAGUUCACUCAAAGAAGGAUUCUUUGAGUUAGCCGUGCAGAAUACUAGCCCUGUGGCUGAUUCAUUGCCGGGGACUAAUCCACCUAGCAGUAGUACUGCUAGUAUCGAUGAUCGGGGAACCGAUCACGAUCCCCGAAUCCUUUACAUGGCUAGCUCCGGGGAGAAUAUGCUUCGAUGGCCUAUUUUCAACAAGGUCAUCACCGAAGCCGAAAAGCAUAUUCGAUCCUUUCUACUCGAUUCACUGGAUAGUCAACCCCGUAGUAUGCAAGCACCCCGGCAGGUGGGUAUCGGAAACUUUGUCGAUGAGAUUCCUAGACUUUGCAGGAAGUACUUCCUACUAUGUCACCGAAGAAACCCGAUAGUCGACCUAGACAAUCUAGACCGCUAUGCCAAGGAAGUCACCGUCCAGGGUCUUGGAUGGGAUGGCCCCUCGUGUCAAGUGCUGUUAGCGUGUGCUUUAGCUUCAUGCACAUCAUCGAAAUUUGUUCCACUGGCAGAGGAUAUGCCAGCGAAUCUCGAUGGACUCCAAGCACCACCCUUGUCAGACGCCAAUCUCGACUUGGCUGAGACAUAUUUCCACGCUGCAAAGCAGAGAUUUGGCUUCUUGCACACGUCUCCAACGGAUAUUCAAUGUUUUCUUCUUGCUGGAAGCUAUCACAGACAUGCCAUCCGUCCUCUACAAGCUUGGUUCUGUUACCAGCAGGCAUCUUGCAGAUUAGAAGUUCGUUUGCGGUCACUGUGUAGAGAGCGAUGGACGGCUGAUGACAACUACCAUAACCUGGAGUCGAGACUAUACUGGUCCUGUAUCCAGGCAGAACAUGAGAUGCAGAGCGAGCUCCCUCUGUGGAAUAGUGGACUUGAAAGCAUGGGCUAUUCAGAUCCAUUCCCCAAAUUUCCUAGCAGAAAUUCUUCUUCAUAUGACCAUAUGGAUGAAGACCAAGACUUCACAAUCAGGCCAGGGCUUGAACUGGAUGGGACGGAAGAAGAGAGAGGCUGGAAAUUCUACAUCGGAUCUAUCUGUAACCGUCGGACCACCAAUGAAAUAGUGUCUGACAUGUGGCGUCAAGGGGAGAAGGGCUGGACCAAAGAUAUCCCCCAUCUCCUAAGAAAGACAUUAUCAGCGGAGAAUGUUGUAACAUCAUGGUACCAAAUCUCACUAGCUGGGAUUCAGUCCACAAAAGACAACCCAGAUCUGAGGUUUUUUUUCCGCGGCCGGUAUCACAUGGCACUGGAGAGGAUCUACCGACCAGCGUUCUACCUCGCGAUGCACUACAAAGGGAUGCCAACCUUUAUCAAAAACAACCAUCAAGUAUGGGUAGAAGUGUUCGACCUGGCCCAAAAAGCCAUUGACAACUGUGUCAUCCUGAUCCCAAGCUACUGGUAUCAAUUCCGACACGAGUGGAUCUGGAACGUGGUGCGUGCCAGCUUCGCCUGUGCUGUGCAUAUCCUUGGGGCUGUCUUGUAUCAAGUUGAGGCAUCAAGGGAUCCUGGUACGUGGCAGAACUUUUUCCUCCCUUUCGACCUUCGACCUUCCACCUUUUCCAACCUCAACUCUCUCACAAUGGAAGAAUAUAAACCCCCAGCUCUUCCUUCUCCCUUCAAUAAUACUACACCACCACCAAUUCUCCUCACCCAAGGUGCCGAAGCCCAUCUCUACAAAACAACCUCCCUCAACCCCUCCAUCCCCGCCGCCCUCAAGAUCCGCCCAUCAAAACCCUACCGCCACCCAAUUCUCGACCGUCGACUCACCCGCCAACGGAUAACUUCAGAAGCGCGAUGCCUGGCAAAACUUAUACGGGAGGGCGUGAGCGUUCCAGCCCUACUAGCCCUGGAUUGGGAGGGCCACGGCGGCGAAGAAGGCGGGUGGGGCGGCGCCUGGCUAAUGAUGGAGUGGAUUGAUGGGCCUGUGAUCCGAGUAAUUCUCGAGCAGUGGGAAGCAUGGAUGAAACAGAAUGCAGGAUCUCUGGAUCAAUCGCAGAUCGAAAACGAAGAGACGCGCGUGCGCGGCUUACUGAGGAAAAUGGGCGCUGCCAUCGGUAUCCUGCACAAGGCUGGUGUUGUGCACGGAGACUUGACGACGAGUAAUCUCAUGCUGCGACCGUUUGCAGAUGCAAGUGCUGCUGUUGAUGGCACUGGCUCGCCCUCUAUGGAGGGAGAUGUUGUGCUGAUUGAUUUCGGUCUUGCGUCGCAGAGUAAUCAGGAUGAGGACCGGGCGGUGGAUUUGUAUGUGCUGGAGCGGGCGAUUGGGAGCACGCAUCCGCGCUCGGAACCUAUGUUCGAGGAGUUGAUUACGGGCUACCGGGGUAGUUACAAGGGGGCUGUUUCUGCGCUGAAGAGGCUUGAGGAUGUGCGCUUAAGAGGGCGGAAGAGGAGCAUGCUUGGUUAA